AUGUUCACAAGUUACUAUCACGUAAAAAAAUUUAGAGCUUUAAAAAGAAAAAAGUGCUCAAGUACAAAUAGUUCGUUGUGUAGUGAAGAAUCGAAGGAAGUAGUUGCGUGCAAUAAGUUUAACGAGCCGUGUGUUUUUGAGCCACCACUACAACAUGAACUGCCCGAAGAAAUCUUGGAUAAUCAACAUGAAAGUAUAGAAGCACAUGACGACCGAGUUGAAAGCUCCGAAUCAGCAGGCUCAACAACUACAUUUGAUUCGUCAAGUAGCAGUCAAACUUCAAGUUUAAAUGAAGAAGAUGAGUCAUCAAAAAGCAACAAUGAGAUGCACUUAGAAAAUUAUUCUGAAAAUUCGACUCUCAAAGAAAAGCUUCAGAUGUGGGCAAUGAACAACAUAUUUACUUUGAGAAAUUCAGUAAUAACCGAAUUGUUGCAUUUACUUCACGAUCAAGUCAAAGAAAAGUUACCUCUUCGAGCGGAAACAUUAUUAAAAACUAAAAAAUGUUCAAACACAGUCAUUAUUGUACCGACAGCGAAAGGUAAUAAUGGAUUAUAUACAUACUUCGGUAUUGAAAAAAUUUUGUUACUAAUGCUAGAGAAUAGUGAAUACGACGAUGAAAAAAUUGAGCUUCUAGUUAAUAUAGAUGGUAUGAGUCCUUACAAAAACUCUAGCAAACAAUUUUGGCCGAUUUUGAUUCGAGUUUUGCACCGAGAAUUUACAUGUACUCCUGCUGCAGUAGCUUUAUAUUGUGGAGAUUCAAAACCAAAAUUUAUGGAAGAUUUAUUAGAUGAUUUUGUUAACGAAGCUGCUCAUCUUAUUACAAACGGUUUGAAAACGCCUACGAAAAAUUAUAUUUUCAAUUUAAAAGGAUUUUCUUGUGAUACACCAGCGAGAGCUGCAAUCAAGUAUGUGAAAGGCCACGGAGGAUUUUAUGCUUGUGAGCGAUGCGAUACAAAAGGUAGAAGUGUAGACAAGAGGCGCAUAUACGAUAUCGUUGGUAAAAAUGAGCGUUCAAAAGACUCGUUUUUGAAUAAAAGUCAACCCGAGCAUCAUAAACCCGAUGUUACUUCUCCUUUAGUAAGGAUUCCUGGCUUCGACCCUGUAAGGCAGGUAUUUUUGGAACCCAUGCACUUGUUUCAUUUGGGGGUUAUGAAGUCAAUUUUCGAAAAAUUCGUUGAUGGAAAUAAAAGGACAAAACUAAAUUCAAGGCAAAAGAAACAUUUAGAAGAGAUUUUGGCAGAAAUAGAACUUGGGAUGACUCAAGAGUUUCAGAGAAAAAAAUUCAACUUAAAAGAUUAUGUUCACUGGAAAGCCACUCAAUACGGCUUUCUUUUAUGUUACACGUUGCCCAUGUUGUUUGAAAGAUUUAUUUCCAAAGCCAUGUAUAAAUUUUUACUGCUACUGUUUGUUGCCUGCCGAAUUUUGUUCAACGAGCAGCUUGCUUUGACAUACGCCGAUUUUGCUGAUACAUUGCUCAAAGGUUUUUUUAAGAUUAUGCCGACGAUGUUUGGUAAAAGCUCGCAGGUGAUGAAUUUUCACAAUUUAAAUCAUGUGGCUGCUGAUGUCAAGUAUGUUGGUCUGCCUUUAUCGUCGUUUUCAGCCUACGCUUUUGAAAACUGUUUAGGCCAGAUAAGCAAGUUGAUUAGGACUCCUAAUAAUCCCCUCAGCCAAGUUACUCGGAGAUUAUUUGAAAUGCAACAAUUGGGAAAAAAAUUUAUUGACAAGCGUUGUUCAUUAACCGUCAAAGCGAAAAUGUCACUGAAAGAAAAUAGUAAGUUUGCUGUCGUAGUUUUCAAAAAUUGGGAAAAUCCCAAUGGAUUAAAAUCUACCGAGCUAGUACCAGUUUCUUGGCUAAGCUAUGAAGACUCGGGAUGGUUUUGCGUUUAUCCUGACGAAAAAGACUAUCCAAAAUUGGAAAAAUGGAUUCGAGAAGAAAAAAAACCAGGAGCGAAAUGGGUUCGAUAUGAAGUAGAUGUGCUUAAGGAAGCGAAAAAUCAUGAGCAAGGAGUCAAACGAUUAAGAAAAUCCUUUGAAACCGCGAACAUCAGUUCUACUGACAACGAUGAAGAUGGAGCAGAAAAUGUUGUUGUGGAUCCUCCUCAAAUCAUUAUCGAUGAGUCGUCACUUGCAGGGUUUUUUGCUGGCUUAGAAGCCGAUGCAAAUUCAGGUGCACCUGAAUUUAAAAAAAAUACGUCCUCGCGGGAAAGCUCAUCAUGUGAACCGCCUUCAAGCAAACGCAUGCGUUUGGACCCAGAAAUUUUCGCAACAAAAAAAGAUAUCGAGGAGAUAGAAAAGGGGAUCAAAAAGAACAUUAAAAAAAUGCAAGAAAGCAUCUUGUACGAUAUAAAAGAGUUCAUUAAGCUGCAAACUCUGAACGCUCCACAACUGCUUGAUCUUCCGGCGAUGCCAUUUGAUGAUUUGGUACCAUUUGUACAAUUUGAAGACGAGUUGAAAAAUAAUCCGGCAAAAAGAGAUGCAUUGACGUUGCGAUUGCAAAGAAUCGCCAACGGAGAGACUGAUUUUAAAAUUGCCCUAAAAAAAUGUUUGGAACUAAUAUUAGUAAAAAAAGUUCAACUAUUGUACAGCGGAUGUGGGAAACCGGUGCGAGGCGUCGCUAAAAAAAAUUUCAGCAUGACGCAAACUUACAAAUGCAUAAGCGUGGUCAUAGAAAAUCAUUAUAGGAUCGACCAGAGUAUCGUGAAGUCGAAGACAUCCAGGUGGUUUUCUGGAGCUCCUGACAGAGAAGGAGGCAGAACAGAGCGGAGCAGUGCGAACAAUGCCGUUCGAGAAAGCUAA